AUGAAACGGAAGGAAGAAAACAAAAAAAACCAAAAUGGACUCCCGAGAAGAUUGAGAACUGCUUACACGAACACACAACUUUUAGAAUUAGAAAAAGAAUUUCAUUUUAAUAAAUAUUUGUGCAGGCCUAGAAGAAUCGAAAUUGCUGCUUCUUUGGAUUUAACCGAAAGACAGGUUAAAGUAUGGUUUCAAAACAGGAGAAUGAAACACAAGCGUCAAAGUUUGAGCAAACAAGGAGAAGACGGUGAAGAAAUAAAAGAUUCGCCGACGGGUGGAAAAGGUUCGAAAUCCGAUGAUAAAUCCUUGUUGCUCCAAGAUGAAAAUUCAAAGAAAAGUUGUCAAAACUGUGAUCUGACACCGACGGGACUCGAACUAACACACGCGAGUAGCGUGGCAAGUUCGAAUUCAAGUUUUGAAAAAAUUGUGACGGAAGAAGAUUCUAGAUCGAAUGACGGUAGUAGUGUUAUGACGUCUCUUCGAUCUCCGAACCUUAAAAGUGAAAUCAAAGUCGAAAGAAGUAAAAGUCCGUUACCCAUUGAUAAAAACACGCCACCCAUUAUGAUACCCGAUAGAAAUGUUAUACAAAUACCUCCACCGGGUAGUUUGACUCCGUCUAGCACGCCGGGUACACCGUUGGGACAACAAUCUAGCCCGAUCGGAACAACUAAUCAAACCAUUUUCCCUCCACAACCUCGUCCGAGAAGUUCACCAACGGUCGUCGCGACGUUAGCCACAGUCACGGCGACGACUAUAAUGUCGCAAAGUAGUUCGACGAUAAGAAGUCAAACUCCGCAUUUCAAUCAGCAUUCCGUCAGGUUGAUGCCGCCGAGAAAUCAAUCACCUCAAUCGACCGGCGAUUAUAGAUUUAAUCAGUCUCAGACUCAAAAUUAUGGAAGACAAGUGAAUUAUUCGCCGAGAGAGCUUUAUCAAAUUCAACAGCAAAGAAUGAUGUACGACAAUAAUCAGUACCGACAACAGCAAUCGCCUCGUUUAAACGGGGUGCACGUACCGAGAACGAGCGGAACUGUUUUACAACAGCAAUCUCCAUCCAUGCAACAAAAUCGAACGAAUUAUUCCGUUCAGCAAUCAAACAUGUAUCAAUAUUGUCCGCAAAACCAACAGUAUAACAAUUACCAACAGAGUCAAGAAACUCAAACAAAUUAUCAAAAUUAUCACAGGAAUUAUCAGAGUCAAUACGCUGAACAAACCGAAUAUCAAAUGCCGUCGAAUAAUUAUCAUUAUUAUCAAAAUUCAAAUUCAACGCAAGGGAAUCAUACGCAAUUGACAGGAACGCAAAACACAAAUUCCGUCAAAAACGAGCAUUUUUUCGAACAUCAAACACCUGAACAAAAUUAUGUUAGCGUAACCGAACAAUUUCCCGUGGCUGCGGCGGGGGGCAACAGCGUUAUCGCUUCUGCGAACAUCAUGACGCCUCCUACAAGCCUACAAACAGAAUCUAGUAACGACCAGUUCAAUCAUUUUCAUCAUUUUUACAACGAACCUCAUCAUAAUCCUUCACCGGCAGACAAUAGCAGUAGUUCAUCAGAUUUUAACUUUUUGAGCAAUCUAUCCAACGAUUUCGCUCCUGAAUAUUAUCAGCUUAGCUGA